GGAAAAUGUGAUUGUCUUAAGAAACGUGCUUCAGCAUGUGCGUACAAAUAAAUACAAGAUCUCUGAAAAGAGAAAAAUAUGGACCACAUCUCUUCUUAACAGACCUCAUGGCGAAACUCGUGGUGUGAGAGAGCUGGAGCAUGUUUCGCAUGAAGACAGAUUUUCUCCACUACUCCAAUCAUUUCACAUUGUUGUUUUUGUGUGUGGCCAUCGUAUUGACGAGACAGAUCAAGUGUGGAUGCAGCUUUGAGAGUGUGAAAUUGGUGAAUUCUAUUGCUGAGAAGCUGCGCCAAAUGGAAGCUAAUGAUUGCAUGCUAUACACUCCGACUCUAGCAGAUUAUGAGCAGAACUGCUCAAAUACCACAUUUCAUUGCAUUAUAUUGGAGAUGAAGGUUUUAUUGUUUGAAAUCUCUGAUACAUUAAAGCCUAAUAAACAGUAUCCAAGGAUGAAGCGUUUACCAUUGACACUUCAAAAUCUGACUAAACAGUUGCACGACAAAAGGCAGUCAUGUCCAAAAUGUGAGGUUUACCACGAAAAAAGGGCAGUGACGUUUGUGGAAACCCUACAAAGUAUUUUACAAAGGAUGAAUGCUGAACACUGUGACAGGAUGAGCUGAACAUUAUUUUUGGAAGCUUCUGUCAAACUCUGAAAAACCUGUGAAGAGAGUCUUUAGCAAACUGAAAGAAACACCAUGCACUAAGCUAGAUUGCACACUUUGAUAACUGGUCAUUGUUUAAAAAUGUAAAGAUAUAUUUUCUUAUAAAAGUAAAAAAGUAUUUUUGCAAAAAUAAAAAAUAAUAAUAGCA